GACUAAGGAGCAAAGUCUUUUAAAAUAUCAUAAUUACUUCUAUACCCUUGGACUCUAACCCUGCCAAGCUGGAAGUCAAUCGCAACGAGUCCGAGCCGCAAAGGUCCAAUUGCUGUCCCUGCCUCCGAAGUCUUGGCAUUUGUUUCUUUUCCUUCCGGCUUCCGAGGUUCUAUUUUCUUUCCGGGAACUCCUUCCUUCUUGUUUUCUACUUCUGCUUCGUUCUUUCGUGUUCUCCACUUCUCUUGAUCUGAAAACGCCAUUUUAUUUGCAUAGAAAUUUGUGAACCAAAAGGGAAAAAAGUGAUUGAGCUUUUCUCUCUUUGAAAAAAGAAAUUUUUUUUUUUUUAACAUAAAGUGAUUGAGCUUUUCGCUUCAGCUGAUCAGGCGCCAAUUCGCAUUCUUUAUUUUUGCAUAUUAGUUUCAAUUGGUUUCAUUGUUCAUGGACAUGGAUGACGUAAAGGACAAGGUCAAGGGUUUCAUGAAGAAAGUCAACAAACCCUUCUCUUCGUCGUCAUCGUCAUCUUCUUCUUCUGGUAAGUUCAAGGGCCAAGGUAGAGUCUUGGGUUCCUCUUCUUCGGGACCUACCAACCCAAUCCUCGCUCGGCCGACACGAGCUGUUGAUUCAAAUUCAGAGCCGAGACCUUGUUCGCUUGCUCCGGCAAAAACUAAACCAUCGCCUCAGAGCACACCGAAUUCUGAUCACCAAGUGAAGAGCACGUCAAAUAAUCGGAGUAAUUCAGACUCAAAUUUCAAACAGUCAAAUGGGUUUGAUCCAUUUGAUUCAUUAAUAACUUCUGGGAAAAGAUCUGGAAAUGGGUAUUCCCUAAAUGUGUUCGAAUGCCCUGUUUGUGGUCGAUCGUAUGGGUCUGAAGAAGAGGUAUCAAUUCAUGUCGAGAGUUGUGUAGAUAGUCAUAGGACGGUCCAGAAUGGUGACGUUGAUGACGUAUCUGCGUUGCUCGGUGAUGACUGCGGGGUGGAGUCUCAGAGGGAGCUGGAGUCCCUCGUUGGUGCUUUUCUUUCUGGCAAGCCACCGGAGGGUACAGUUGAGGUUGUUCUUAGAUUGCUGCGGAAUAUAGUUAGGGAACCAGAAAAUGCAAAGUUUCGCAGGGUUCGAAUGAGCAACCCAAAGAUCCGGGAGGCCAUUGGUGAGGUUGUGGGAGGUGUUGAGUUGCUGGAGUGUGUCGGUUUUGAACUUCGAGAGGAAGAUGGGGAGAUGUGGGCAGUGCUGGAAGUUCCUACGGAGGGACGAAUUCUUCUAAUUAAGAAGGCAAUAUCAUUCCUGGAACCGCCUAAAGAGGAGAAUUUAACUCCUGCUGCCCCGGCUGAGUUAGAUGAGCCAAUUGAGCCAAAGAAGGUCGACAGGCAGAUCCGGGUCUUCUUUUCUGUUCCUGAAAGUGUAGCUGCAAAAAUUCAGUUGCCCGAUUCAUUUUAUAAUCUCUCACGCGAAGAGCUGAAAAGAGAAGCUGAUGCAAGGAAAAAGAAGAUUGCAGAAUCCCAGCUUCUAAUUCCCAAGUCAUAUAAGGAAAAGCAGGCAAAAGCUGCAAGGAGGAUGUAUAAAAAAACUGUUAUCAGGGUCCAGUUUCCUGAUGGAGUAGUGCUCCAAGGCGUCUUUUCUCCUUCUGAACCAACUUAUGUUCUCUAUGAGUUUGUGAGCUCAGCGCUGAAACAACCUGGUUUGGAGUUUGAGUUGUUGCAUCCUGUACUUGUCAAGCGACGUGUGAUCCCACAUCUUCCUGCAGUUGGAGAGAGAACCAUAACGCUAGAGGAAGAGGAUUUGGUUCCUUCAGCUCUUAUCAAAUUCAAGCCCAUUGAGACAGAUUCUGUUGUCUUUACGGGUCUCUGUAAUGAACUCCUUGAAAUCAGCGAGCCACUUGUAAUUGAUUAAGCAGUUGCUCUACGAGUUGCAUGGUCAUGCCAUGCCGUACUUUUGAUUUGCCAUGUAAUUUAAAAAUUUACUUACUUCAUCAAUAGUGCUUGAGUUGUGUUGUC